AUGGACGACACAAGUCUUCGUAUCAGUGUAAUAGGCUUAGGAAAACUGGGCAGUCCAAUGACUGCUGUUUUCGCAUCGAAAGGUUAUCACGUGAUUGGUUUGGAUGUAAACAAGCAGUUUGUUGAUGCGUUGCAAAGAGGAGAAGCCCCUGUGUCUGAACCACAAUUACAAGAACUGAUUAACAAAUACAAGACUAACAUCGAAGUUACAAUGGAUUAUUACAAGGCCAUUAGUGAAACAGAUAUGACAAUGAUUAUUGUUCCAACACCAUCAAAUCCAGAGACCGGAUUUUUUAGCAAUGAUUACGUGCUUUCGGCUAUUAAAGCAAUCGGAAAAGUUAUUAAGUCAUGUGAUAAAUAUCAUCAGGUAGUUGUUACAUCAACAGUGAUGCCUGGUUCAAUGGAUGGGGUUAUUCGUGAUACUCUGGAAUUAUCAUCUGGUCGAAAAGUUGGGUGUCGAGAUAAUGAAAUAGGUUUGGCAUACAAUCCUGAGUUCAUUGCACUAGGACAGGUGAUUAGAGAUAUGUUGAAUCCAGAUUUUAUUCUCAUUGGUGAAAGUGACAAACGUAUAGGAGAUGCUUUGGAAGUAUUAUAUUUAAAAACAAUCGUGAAACGACCGCUACCAUUUCGUCGAAUGAACUUCAUCAAUGCAGAAAUAACUAAAAUUUCCAUCAAUACAUAUGUGACAACCAAAAUAACUUAUGCUAAUAUGCUCAGUGAGUUAUGUGAGAAUCUGUCAGGAGCUGAUGCUGAUAUUGUUAGCGCUGCAGUUGGUUGUGAUUCCCGCAUCGGGCACAAAUAUUUAAAAGGUGCCUUAGCAUACGGAGGACCGUGUUUCCCAAGAGAUAAUCGUGCGUUUGCUGCCUUGGCAAAAUCUGUGUUUGCUAAUGCAUUAUUAGCCGAAGCAACUGACCAAUUAAAUAGUUAUCAAACCGAAAGACUACUAAGAAUAUGUGAACAAAUAGCAAAAAUUCGUUUUUGUGAUGCCCCGUUCAUCAGAACAAAAGUUGGUAUAUUGGGAUUGUCUUACAAGCCUGAUACACCUGUUGUAGAAUGCUCAGCUGCCUGUGCAAUAGCCAAUAAGCUUAUUGGUAACUUUGAUGUUGUUGCAUAUGAUCCGUUGGCUAUGCCCUUGGCUUCUGAAAUAUGUGACAGACGUGUACAAUUUGUUAGUUCUGUUGAUAACCUUCUUUAUGAACAGAACAUUGAUAUUUUGCUAAUUACCACUGCUUCAAACAGCUGGAAAAAUAUCAAGUUCAAUCGUACAAGGAAAAAAACUUUGUACGUAGUUGAUUGUUGGCGAUUGCUGAACAAAGAAGAAAUUGAGAAAAACAAUGAAUCUACUCGCAUCAUAUUAUUAGGAAAUGGCGAUUCCAAAAUGGAGCUGAAACAACUAAAAGCAUUAGAUAAAAAGUAUAGAAUGGAAACAAUUGAACAUUCUAUUAAUGGCAAUAGUCACCUUCGUAUAUUAGUAGCUGGUGGAGCGGGUUUCAUUGGUAGUCACUUAGGUCGCCGCUUGCUAAAAGAUGGUCAUCAUGUUAUUUGUGCUGAUUGGAAAAGAAAUGAAUAUUUUCAGGAAGAGGAAUUCUGUAACGAAUUCCUUCAUAUGGAUUUGCGUACAUUGGAUAAUUGUUUAGUGGCAACUAAAGGCUGUGACUGGGUUUUUAAUUUAGCUGCUGAUAUGGGAGGAAUGGGAUACAUUCAAUCGAAUAAUUCAGUAAUUUUAUUCAAUAAUACAAUGAUCUCGUUCAAUAUGAUAGAAGCUGCCAGACAGAAUAAUGUUCAGAGAUUUUUUUAUGCUUCAUCAGCAUGUGUUUAUCCUGAACAUAUUCAAACUGAAGAAAACAUAACGGCACUCCAAGAAGAACAAGCAUGGCCUGCAAAACCACAAGAUGCAUAUGGUUUAGAAAAGUUGGUAUCAGAAGAAAUUGCAAUGCAUUAUUCAAAAGAUUUCGAAACAAUGCAAACUAGAAUUGCGCGAUUUCACAACAUUUAUGGGCCUGAAGGUCUGUGGAAAGGAGGUAGAGAAAAAGCUCCAGCAGCAUUAUGUCGAAAAGUGUUAGUGGCGCAUGAAGGACAAAACCACGGUGUUCUUACCGUGUGGGGAGACGGAAAACAAACACGAUCAUUUUGUUAUAUUGAUGAUUGCAUCGAUGGAAUAAUACGGUUGAUGCGAUCAGAUUAUGCUCUGCCGCUUAAUAUUGGUUCAGAUGAAAUUACUUCCAUUAAUGAUAUGGUAGGCUUAAUCUGCGGAAUUGAAAACGUUGCUGUUACAAUUAAACAUAUUCCAGGACCUGAGGGUGUUAGGGGAAGGAAUUCUGAUAAUACACUAAUAAAAAAAGUGUUGAAGUGGGCACCUUCAACCUCGUUAAGUCAAGGACUGAAACAUACAUACAACUUCAUAAAAAGUGAAUUAGAAGCAGAAAAAAAAGACAGAACCGAUAUUUCGGUCUACGCUGUGUCAAAAAUUAUUCCACAAACGACUGAAACACUAGAAGCGAUUGGUCAAAUGAAACACAAUAACAAAAUUCGCAUGUAA